AUGACUGAGAAAAGAAAGGCAAUCAUCAUUGGCGCUGGCCCUGCCGGUCUCGCAGCCGCUCUCCGCCUGCAGCAACGAACAGAUAUCGAAUGCACGCUGUACGAACUGCGAUCUGAGCCCACCACCCUGGGCGGAGCAAUCGGAAUUUUACCCAACGGCAUGCGUCUCCUACACCGCCUGGGCCUUGUCGAUAAAAUCCUGGCGCGGGGCUUCAGCGGCCCCAACCUGACCCUUCACUCUUUGAACGGGCACGUCCUCGGCGAGCAUGACUUUGUCGGAUGGGCACGCGAGAAGACUGGGUUCAAAUACGUCCGUAUCAAGCGUACGGACGUGGUGGACGUUUUACUCGAAGCUGUGCAGCAAGCCAAAAUCCCAAUCCACUUUAACAAACGCCUUACCUCUAUCGAGGAGAGUGCCAAGGAAGUGAAGGUCACAUUUUCGGAUGGAUCGACUGACGCUGCCGAUAUGCUGUUCGGUUGUGAUGGGAUCCACUCCUAUGUGCGACGUGCUUACGUCGAUCCUGCGCAGCCUUUGGAAUAUUCAGGCAUCUCCGGCCUCGGGUGCAUUAUCCCGACCAAGCUCUUAUCUCCGCAGACUGCAGCCCAGAUCAACGGCCUCGAGGCUACCAUGACGGAGGAGGGAAUCCUGGCGGUCAAUCCGUGCACCGCAUCAAAAGAUGAGAUGUUCUGCUUCUUCUCAAAAGAAGUUCCAGCACCGGCGUCGGGCGAUGACCGCGAUGGCUGGGAAGUGCACGGGAAAGAGGAAAUAGACGGGUUCAAAUCCUCGCUGAGUAGGACCUUGGAAAAUGCACGUGGAGAAUGGGGCUCUGCACUCAAAGAUCUCAUCAACAACGUCACAUCCGUGAAGUUCUUCCCUGUGUACAGGCUGACUCUUGGUGGAGUUUGGUCGAAGGGACGUUGUGUGCUGGUUGGAGAUGCUGCGCAUGCGAUGUCGCCGCAUGCCGGCCAAGGCGUUUCCAUGGCACUGGAGGAUGUGUUCUUACUAUCACGUCUAUUAGAAGACCACAAACGGCCUCUCCAAGAGGUCUUUGCCAGAUACGAUGAGAUUCGUAGGCCACGGGUUGAAGAAAUCUUCAAGAUUGCGGCCCAGAACGGAGAGUCACGGCGGAAGACUACCCCACGGGGUCUGAAGUUCAAAGAAAUGAGCAUGUUCAUGAUGUUGAAAAUUUCGUGGGCUUUUGGGCUCGAUAAGCGGGGAAUAAAACAAGGGCAUCUCGCUUACGAUAUUGAUGCAGUGGAGCUAUAA